GACACGGCAUUAAAUAGUACAUUGAACAUACAUUAAUACAUAAUUGACUGUUUAUGUCAAUAGUUACCACUUUAUCUCAAAUAGUUGUCCUCUAGUGCUGUUGUCCUCCAGCUUUACGUAACGUUCCUCGAAGGAGUUUAGCAUGUAGCAUCCUGGACGCUAUUAGCUAGCGAGCUAACUAACGGUUUAGCUAAAUUAAGGCGAAAUAUUCCGUCUUAAAACGUCUAAAAAUCACUGUCGCUUUCAUGGUAGUUGUGUAACGUUCUGCUUGUGUAGCCAAAAGAACGUUCUGCUUGUGCAGCCGAAAGAAGACUACAUUCCACGGAGACUCAGCAAAAAUACCAGGAAUUAGACGGCACCAUUAAAAUAACAAGAAUAAACAAAAAUGGCCGCCGUCGUGUUAUAAAGCAUAUCCAAUAAUACCUCAAGUUGUCUUUAAGUGGAGGAAGAAGAUGCUUUCUUGUUUGGGGCUGAUGUCUGCUCCAGGAAGAGUGUCGAUGGGCGACGGCCGACGGUAAGAGAAGAGGGCGGAGUUUCCGUCGCCCCCCACAUCACACCCAUCCAGCUGCAGGGGGAAGGCAAAGAGGGGCGACCCAGGCAGACUGCCGCACUCUCAGCGGCGCUUCUGACGGAGCUCAGGCCGAGCAGAGGCGUCAUGAUGUCGGCUGUGGAGACGUCGGCGUGCCGGCCUGCUGCAGCACAACUGCUCAACUGGGUCUACAUGUCCCUGCAGGACGACGCCCGGGACUCGAACCACUCGGAGACCACUGCUGCUGACCUGACCACCAACUACCUGAACAACUUCUUGCACCUGAGGACCGAGUCCUUCAACCACAACCUGUGCAAGGUUUCCUCGCCCCACGGUUCCCUGGGCAACAUCGUGGAAGGCCUGAGCUGUCUGGCGGACCACUUCUCCAACCUCUCCCUGUCCCCCGACUCCCGCAAGCACGGCAGCAAGAGGCCUCCUCCGCCCAACUACCUGUGCCACCUUUGCUUCAACAAGGGUCACUACAUCAAAGAUUGUCCACAGGCUCGCCCCAAGGGCCAGGGCCUGACGCCCUAUCAGGGCAAGAAGAGAUGUUUCGGCGAGUACAAAUGCCCGAAAUGCAAGAGAAAGUGGAUGAGCGGAAACUCUUGGGCCAACAUGGGACAAGAGUGCAUCAAGUGCCACAUCAACGUGUACCCUCACAAGCAGCGUCCUCUGGAGAAGCCGGAUGGGCUGGACGUGUCCGACCAGCGCAAGGAGCAUCCGCAGCACUUGUGUGAGAAAUGCAAAAUCCUGGGCCACUACUGCCGCCAGGACGAAUAAUAGUGUCACUCUGUGGUGGGGGGGCGCCGGCUCUUUAAGGAGGCGGCUUCUUGCGGUGGACGCUGGAGCCUUACAAAGCCAUGAAUAGCGUUUUAAUUCAAAUAAGAAACCAAGCAAUAUAUGCAAAAGUAUUGUUAGCAACUGUGAAUAAACAUGUGUAACAUAUUCAUUUUAUGUUUGUAUAUACCAGGAAUGAAUGGAAAUCUAUGUGAAAUAUGCAACAAAGAUGAGCAGUAUUAAUGAGUGCCUUGGAAGCAGAUGGUGCAUUAAGAGCAGGGGUGUCCAAAGUCAGGCUAUUUUUUUUAACCAUUUUAAAAUUUUACAAAAAAACAUUAAAAAGUGGAAUAAAAGAGCAAAUAGGUGCAAUAUUGACACCAAUAACACAAAGCCGCUAUGUGGGCACUUUAAAACUGUCAUUGCUAAAAAAAAGAAUGAAAACGUAUAAUUGACAGAUUCAAGCGUCAAAAGUAAAAAUAAUAUAUAUUUAUGUGUAAUAUAUUUUUUUCACUUUUAGAAGUGUGGGGGAUGGGGGUCUUUUGGAUUCCCAAGACCUUAAAUCCGAUUUUUUGUUUUUUUUAUUUCAUUGCUCAAAACUAAUUAACCUAAAGCAAUGUUGUUAUGAAUGAUUUACCUAUUUAAGGCUCCAAUUACUUCACAUCAAAUAUUCCACGUUGAACAUUUUUUGGUAGAAAACAUCGCAUAUUUUGUGUUUUUUUCCUAUUAAAAGAGGGUUUUGACAAAAAGGGCAAAAAAUAAAUUGUAACUUUCUGUCAACGGCUAGAUCUGAAAUUGAUAUAUUUAGGCAUUGAGUAAAAAAAGGAAAAAAAAAUUUAAAAAAAAAAAAAAAAAAAAUAUUAUAUAUAUAUACACUACCGUUCUAAAGUUUGGGGUCACCCAAACAAUUUUGUGGAAUAGCCUUCAUUUCUAAGAACAAGAAUAGACUGUCGAGUUUCAGAUGAAAGUUCUCUUUUUCUGGCCAUUUUGAGCGUUUAAUUGACCCCACAAAUGUGAUGCUCCAGAAACUCA